UUUAGGCGGUGCUGGAGCGCACCACUGAGAAGCGAGCUGCUGGGGUUCGGGAAGCACAGUCCUGUGCUGGACCUGAGGGCUGGACCUGGGCUGGCUGCCGCUCAGGCGUACGUUCUGAGUCAUUUUAUAGGUCAGUCCUGCUUCUGGGAUCCUACCUUGUGUUGUGGUUAAGAAAUGUUUCACAUCACUCAGCCUGGAUCACAUGAUAAAUAUACCUACAUUGUAAAGAAAUGUCUCAAUAGAUUUGAAGAAUGAAGAGGAAUAAUUUCUCUGCUGUGAAUAAAGUUGUCCAGACUCCACCAGUAGUGAAGCAGCCCAAACGUGGGCUCUGCCCUUCUCUCACCCAGACUCAUGUGCUCUCUGUUCUUCUAGACUGGGGGACUUUACCUCACCAUGUGAUAUUACAAAUUUUCCAGUAUCUUCCUUUAAUAGACCGAGCCCGCGCAUCUUCUGUGUGUAGGAGAUGGAAUGAAGUAUUUCACAUUCCUGACCUCUGGAGAAAGUUUGAGUUUGAGCUGAACCAAUCAGCCACUUCCUAUUUUAAGUCCACUCAUCCUGAUCUCAUUCAGCAGAUCAUCAAAAGGCAUGCUGCGCAUCUGCAGUAUGUCAGCUUUAAGGUUGAUAGUAGUACUGAGUCUGCAGAAGCUGCCUGUGAUAUUCUUUCUCAGCUGGUAAAUUGUUCUAUCCAGACCUUGGGAUUGAUUUCAACAGCCAAACCAAGUUUUAUGAAUGUGCCAAAGUCCCAUUUCGUGUCAGCACUUACAGUUGUGUUUGUCAACUCAAAAUCGUUAUCAUCCAUUAAAAUUGAAGACACGCCAGUGGACGACCCCUCACUGAAGAUCCUCGUGGCCAACAACAGUGACACUCUGCGGCUCCUGAAAAUGAGUAGCUGUCCUCAUGUUUCGUCUGAUGGAAUCCUCUGUGUGGCUGACCACUGUCAGGGCCUCAAAGAACUGGCAUUGAAUUACUACAUUCUGAGUGAUGAACUUCUCCUUGCGCUAUCAAGUGAGACUCAUGUGAACCUCGAACAUCUCCGAAUAGAUGUUGUAAGUGAAAAUCCUGGACAGGUCAAGUUUCACUCCAUUAAAAAGCACAGUUGGGACGCACUGAUUAAACACUCUCCGGGAGUUAACAUUGUUAUGUACUUCUUUUUGUAUGAGGAAGAGUUUGAGAUGUUCUUCAGAGAAGAAACCCCUGUCACUCACCUGUACUUCGGGCGUUCAGUAAGCAGAACCAUUCUAGGCCGAAUAGGUCUUCACUGCCCACGGCUCAUUGAGUUAGUGGUGUGUGCAAACGGCCUUCAGCCCUUGGACAGCGAACUUAUCUGCAUUGCCAAGCACUGUAAAAACCUAACAGCCUUGGGCCUGAGUGAGUGUGAAGUCAGCUGCAGUGCGUUCAUUGAGUUUGUAAGACUCUGCGGCAGAAGGCUCACCCAGCUGUCUAUCAUGGAGGAGGUUCUGGUCCCUGAUGACAAUUAUACCCCAGACGAAGUUCAUGCUGAAGUCUCUAAGCACCUGGGAAGAGUAUGGUUCCCAGAUGUGAUGCCUAUCUGGUAACCAGCUACCAAAGGUUCCGAAUUUUCUGUUAGUAGAAUUAGCCGUUGUCUGUCUAUGCAAAUGUAAAUUUUGAAAUGAGCUGCUGAACUAUUUUAGGUUAAAUAUUUACUGUUUGCCAGCUGUCUUAAUUGGUUGAUGCAGAAUCAUUUGAAAACAAUAUAACAAAUUUGAAUAGCCAGAAAUCUUUGUCAGUACGACACAGACACUAUGUGUUAAUUAGAUGGUUGAUAGGGUAGAUUACAGAUACCUAAGAUUUAGGU